AUGGCCAACGCGGGAUCCGGUACAUACCCGUCGCCUUCCGAUAGCAACACGGGCCAAGGUGACGCGAGCCGCGUUCCGCUAAACGUCAUCAUCCCCAUCGGCGGCGUGGGCUCUCGCUUCGCCAGACAUGGAUAUCGAUACCCCAAGCCGCUCAUCAACGUCGUUGGGCGGCCUAUGCUGCUCUGGCUGCUGGAGAGCCUCAGCCUGAAGGCGGGAGAUGCCCUCUGGAUCGCCGUCAACGAGGAUGUUGACGACGAGUUCCAUGUCAGCCAGCUAGUAAGCAAGAACGUCGUCGCCAUUGACCAUCACAUCGUACGGCUGCGGCACCAGACCAAGGGUGCCAGCGAGACGCUCUACAUCGUCUGUCAGAGCAUGACCGAAACGUACCUCGAUCGCAGGACCGUCUCCCUCGACUGCGACACCAUCUACUGGAACGACAUCCUGACCGACGUUCGCGCCAUGCCAGUCGGCCACGGCGGCUGCUUCUACUUUACCGACAACGGCGAUAAACCCAUCUUCUCCUAUAUAAAAACCGAGGCUCGAUACCACGAGUCCAUAGUCGAUAUCCAGGAGAAAAAGGACAUCUCCGACAAGGCAAACUUGGGUGCCUACGUCUUCCGGAACGCCCGGGAGCUCAAGACCCACGCCGCCGAGGCUCUGGAUGCCAAGACGGCCGACGGUCACGAUCUUGGCGAAUACUACACCUCCCAGCUGAUCGGUCACAUGCUGCAAAGCGGCAUCCCAUACAUCGGUCUCCAUAUCGACAGGCAAGACAUCUGCUGCGUCGGAACCCCCGAGCAGCUGCAGACCUUUCUUCAGUCCCUGAAGAAGCACAACGGAUCCGGCCGGCCGCUCUCCUUUAAGAGCCGUCGUUUCUGCUUUGACCUUGACCUAACGCUCGUCGGCGUCCCUGCCGUUCCUGGUGAUUAUUCCACCUGCCCGCCCAUCGAGAAGAACAUCCGCCUUAUCCAAGAGCUGCACCGCGCGGGACACUAUAUUAUUAUCUACGCCGCGCGACGCAUGAAAACUCAUAAUGGAAACGUCGGCCGAGUCGUUGCCGACAUCGGGUCCAUUACCUACGCCCAGCUGGACCGAUACGAGAUCCCCUUUCACGAAAUUCACUUCGGCAAACCAUACGCCGACGUCUAUAUCGAUGAUUUAGCCGUAAACGCCAACCUCGAUACAGCCCGCGAGAUUGGCUGGCUGCUGGACGACGAGGAAUUCGUCGGCCUAGACGCUCCUGUCGGCUCCAGCAAGGAGAACAAGAAGGCAGGCAUGAUUGCGGCUCGAGACUUUAACGUAAUUCAGAUCAUCAACAACAAGGUCAUUAAGUCGAGCAAGUCAGAAAAGAUCAUGGGCGAGAUCUAUUUCUACUCGCAGAUGCCCUCGGAGAUUGCCCACAUCUUCCCUUCCAUCUACAGCGUCGACUUCAUUCCAGAGACAAGCACCUAUACGAUAACAAUGGAGAACUGUCGAGGCUUGACCUUUUCCCACAUCCUCGUUGGGCGUUCCAUAACCAAGGGUCGAUUCCUCUCUUUUCUGUCUGCCCUUCACAGCAUCCAUACGACCAAGCGGACGGACCGGUUGAGCCUCUCCAUUCCUCCGACCAUGCAGAAGCAGAUGGAGAAAAUGCCCUGCGACCAUCACGGCCAUCAGGCCAACAUCUACUCAAAUUACGGCUCCAAGCUCCGAAGCCGGUAUGUGCAGAACCGAGAGCGGUACGACGCGCUUGGAGCGCAAGCCGCAGCCCUCUACGAACGGUUGCACGAGUUCCUUGACACCUACGAAGCCGAGGACAAGGGCGCAUACGCCGAGAUUGUCCACGGGGACCCAGUCUUCAGCAAUGCCAUCCUUUCCAAAGACGACAAGUCCAUCACCUUUAUUGAUGUUCGCGGUCAGCUCGGCAGCAUCUUCACCCUCGAGGGCGACAUCAACUACGAUCUUGCCAAGGUCUUGCAGUCGCUCUGA